AUGUCUGAACUACAAACGCCACUCAAAAGCAUAUUGAACUUUCGCGAUGUCAGUCAGUUUGUCAACCAAAAGACCGGAACUAGCCGUUUAAGGAAUGGCUUACUAUUCCGAAGUGCCCGACCUGAUGAGGCUUCUUUCCAAGACAGGCAGCGACUUUUGAAAGAAUUUGGCGUAAAAAGCAUCAUUGAUCUACGAACAAAAACGGAGCACAUCGAACAGGCGCAAAAGCACGAUGCAAGGAUUAAAGCGUCAGCAGCAGUUCCUCAGAGCAAUGACGAUGUAGCAGAGCCCCUCAAGAUACCCGGCAUAAACUAUCACGAAAUCAACUUCAACGGCUCAGCUUUCUCGCGCAUGUUGCUCUCAAAGCUCACAUGGCUCGAGUUUUUCAAGCUCGUAGGGCUUAUGAUUACUGGCUACCGCAAGGAUGCCAUCAAGAUCUUAGCUCCUCACAUGGAAGACAUGGGGCUCGUCGGACUGGCCGAGCAAUCCUUAGACGUGUGCACACGCGAAGUCACGCAGGUCUUUGAUGUACUAGGUGAAGAGCAGAAUUGGCCAGUUCUAGUCCACUGUACACAGGGCAAGGACCGAACCGGGCUCAUAGUAAUGCUGGUUCUCUUGCUGCUCGAUGUCGACGAGAAGACUAUCGACGAAGACUACCGACUUUCCGAACCAGAACUUGAGCCAGAGAAAGAAGGAAGAUUAAAAGAGAUGGCGUCGAUUGGUCUGACGGAACAGUUUGCGACAUGCCCUCCGGACUUGGUAAGUAGUGUACACUCCUAUAUGCUUGGAAAGUACGGCAACGUUGAGAAGUACCUGGAGCAAGCCGGUGUUGCCAAGGAGAAGGUGGACUUUGUUAGGGGGAAGCUACUAGUAAACGUGUCUUGA